AUAGGUAUGUGUAUGUGUUAAAUUUUGAAUUUAUUGAAAACAUUUUAAGCAUUAAAAAAAAAAAUAUCAAAACAUGGUUUUCUAUAUAAAAUUCUAAAAAGUGUACGGUGCUUGAUUAUUAUUGAUAAUAAUGUAUGAAAAAUUAUAUUCGUUGGUGUAAAAAACAUACGUAUUUGUUAUAAAGUAAAAUUUACGUUCAGUUUGAAUGCAACCAUUUUUAAACAAGUAAACUAUAGUCUACAUCUAACAUAAGUGCAACACAUCAAUUAUUUUUCAAAUGUGAAUAAUUAAUAGCUCCCCAAAAACCCAAGAUGUCAACAACAGCAUCGUAUUGUCCAGCUGCAUUACAAGAAAUCGGCGAAUAUUACGGACGCUAUCUGCACGUUCCAUCCACCAUAAUAAUAUGUUUUUUCGGCACCAUUUUCAAUCUCCUCAAUUUACUGGUGUUCAUAAAGAAACCAAUGACACCGCCACCGAACCUGGUAUUCUUUCAUUUAGCUUUAGUCGAUUUUCUAGACCUGUUGGCUCGUUUUUUAUUCGCUGGGCUGAAAUUUACGUAUUAUCACGAUCCUGAAAAACAAUUAACCUACUACUGGUGGGCAGUGCUUAAAAUAUGGUAUAAUACUCUCGUAACCACGGUUCACCUCAUGUCAGUAUUUCUCACAGUAAUGCUGACCUUAUGGAGAUAUAUAGCUGUUGUGCAUCCGCUGAAGGAACGUCAAUGGUGCAGUAUGAAAAUAACGAGAAAUUUGGUGAUUGCUGGUUACAUAAUAUGCAUCAUUGUGCUGGGUAUACCGACGUAUUUAUCGCGUGAAAUAGUCACGGAAAAUGUAAAUCAAACCACCAUUUAUAAACCGAAGUAUAAAAAAAGUCCCAUUAUGCGCAGAACACCGAACAUCGUGAAAGGAGUAAUGGGUAGAUUAUUACCUGCAGUUGUGCUAGCUUGGUUAACUUAUAGACUCAUCGUCAUUUUAAUAGCAAGAAAAACCCACCAAGAACAAUUAACUCAAUCCGCGAGCGUUGGAAAUCAAAUGAAAACAGCCAAAAUGAACCAACAAAUCAGCAAAUCAACGAGCAUACUGUUCACAGUCGUGGCUUUAUUUUUCAUAGCAGAAUUUCCAAAAGGAAUACUAAGUUUGCUGCGAAUAAUUUACAAUGAAAAAGCUACCGUAAUUCGUAAAGAAUGUUUCACCUCGCUCCAAACAAUGUUCCAGGUUAUAGUUAAUUUUAAUAUUUCCAUCACAUUCGUAGUAUAUUACACACUGAGUCAUCAAUUCAGAAUCACUUUCAAGUCUAUGUUUAGUUGUAAAUCAGUUUCCAAUAAACAAACCACUGUUGUUUCGGAUGAUAUCAAAGAAACUGAUGUUUCAUGUACAACUACUGAUGUAUGUAGUUCGAUAAAUGUAUAAUUAGGUAGCUUUAGUUACUUAUACCUAUUAUACCUAAGUAUACCUAUUGAUUGAAUAAUCGAUUCAAAAUUGAUUAUAAUGUAAUUC